CCCGAGCGGCUUCUCCCGUUCCUAUGGCAACAGCAGCAGCGGCGUUAUCCGUCUCCCCUGGAGCGCCGCCGCCUUCGCAGCGGCUCGCCAUUGGCCGAAUGAAUCGAUCGUUUAAAAGGAGGCGCGCUUUCAUUGGCUGAGGCAUGAUGUGUUAAUCCUGAUGCCUUGAUGUUAUACAAUGCCUGAUCAACACAAGAAGGUGAAGACCACAGACAAGGCAACGGAUACCAAACCUCAAGGGGAUUACUCAGACCUUAAAAGGCUUCUUGCACUACUAAAUGUCCAGUCAAGCAAACAACAGCUGCCAGCCCUUAACUUUGAAAGUUCUAAUAAUAGCAUGACCAAGUCUGAGCAAUAUUCCAGCAACCCUUGUGGAGAGAGAUGUAGAGGUCAAUGGCAAGAAUCAACUGAAGCUGUUGAACUCGAACAAUUUAGUAUGAAUUACAAGAACGAGAGGAAAUUUAGUCAACACCCACAGCACAAGCUGUUUCAAGACAUCUUCACAGCUUUGGUAAAGAACCGGCUGAUUUGCAGGGAGUGGGCUAACCGAGCAUCAUCUAUCCACUUUCUGAGAGUUUUAAUUUGCAUAAGAUUAUUAAUGAGAGACCAAUGCUAUCAGGAAGCACUCCACAACCUGGGUGGGAUCGACGCCUUAGCACAGUAUAUGGAAACGGUAGCAAAUGACUACCUUUGCUAUGGAGAAGAGCAUCAUAAUAUAGACAAAUUGGUCAACAUGACAUAUAUUUUUCAAAAACUAUCGGCUGUUAAAGAUCAAAGAGAAUGGGUAACAGCCAGCGGAGCACAUAAAACUCUGAUCAACUUACUUGGAGCUAGAGAAAACAACGUCCUGCUAGGUGCAUUGCUUGCCCUCACUAGCUUGGCAGAAAGUCCCGGAUGCCGAGAGAAAAUAAGCGAGCUUAACGUUGUGGAGAAUUUGUUGGUGAUAUUGCAUGAAUAUGACUUGCUUUCUAAAAGGCUGACAGCUGAGUUGCUCCGGCUUCUCUGUGUAGAAUCUCAUGUCAAAGAGCAAGUCAAGUUGUACGAAGGUGUCCCCAUCCUGCUCAGUUUGCUCCAUUCAGAUCACUUAAAGCUGCUGUGGAGUGUAGUCUGGAUUCUAGUCCAGGUUUGUGAAGAUCCUGAUACCAGUGUGGAAAUUCGUAUUUGGGGCGGUAUCAAGCAACUCCUGCAUAUUUUACAAGGGGAGCGAAAUCUAUUUUCAGACCGUUCUUCCAUCGGGAGUUUAUCCAGUGCGAACGCAGCAGGGAGAAUCCAGCAGUUUCGCUUUUCGGAAGAUUUAAGUCCUCAUGAGAUACAAGAAAAUACGUUUUCCCUUCAAGCAGCUUGUUGUGCUGCAAUUACUGAAUUGGUCCUGAAUGAUACCAACGCUCACCAAGUCGUUCAAGAAAAUGGAGUCUACACAAUAGCAAAGCUGAUUUUACCUAAUAAACAAAGGAAUGUAGUGAAAGCUAAUUUAUUACAGUGCUAUGCCUUCAGAGCCCUGCGAUUCCUUUUCAGUAUGGAAAGGAACAGACAUCUCUUCAAAAGACUCUUCCCUACACACUUGUUUGAGAGCUUCAUUGACAUUGGGCAUUAUGUUCGGGAGAUAAGUGCUUACGAAGAGCUGGUAUCGAAGCUAAAUGCAUUACUGGAGGAUGAAGUGAAGCAAAUUGCGGAAAACAUUGAAGACAUUAAUCAAAACAAAGCACCUACAAAAUACAUUGGGAAUUAUGCAAUAUUGGACCAUCUUGGCAGUGGAGCCUUUGGAAGUGUUUACAAGGUUAGGAAACGCAGUGGUCAAAACCUUCUAGCGAUGAAAGAAAUUAAUCUACAUAAUCCAGCAUUUGGAAAGGACAAAAAAGACAGAGACAGCAGUGUGAAGAACAUUGUCUCUGAAUUAACUAUAAUAAAAGAGCAGCUUUAUCAUCCUAAUGUCGUACGAUAUUACAGAACCUUCUUAGAAAGUGACAGGCUGUACAUAGUCAUGGAGCUCAUAGAAGGGGCGCCGCUGGGAGAACAUUUUCAUUCUUUGAAGGAGAAGCAGCAACAGUUUACGGAAGACAGACUAUGGCACAUAUUCAUUCAACUGUGUUUAGCUCUUCGGUAUUUGCACAAAGAGAAAAGAAUUGUCCAUCGAGACCUCACUCCAAACAACAUCAUGCUGGGAGAUAAGGAUAAAGUAACCAUCACUGACUUUGGUCUUGCAAAGCAGAAACAGGAAAACAGCAAGCUUACCUCAGUUGUCGGAACUAUUCUCUACUCCUGCCCUGAAGUUGUGAAGAGCGAGCCAUAUGGUGAGAAGGCUGAUGUCUGGGCUGCAGGAUGCGUCCUUUACCAGAUGGCAACUCUCAACCCUCCAUUUUACAGCACCAACAUGCUCUCCUUAGCAACUAAAAUAGUUGAAUCUGCCUAUGAGCCAGUCCCAGAGGGCGCCUAUUCUGAAAAGGUUUCAGCGGUCAUUAAAAAGUGCUUGACCCCGGAUGCAGAGAGUCGCCCUGACAUUGUAGAGGUCAGUUCCUUGAUACCAAAUGUGAUGAUGAAGUAUUUAGACUGCUUAUCAACCUCCCAGCUUGUCUUGGAGAGGAAAUUGGAACGCGAGAGGAGGCGUACCCAGAGAUAUUUCAUGGAGGCCAAUCGAAAUGCAGUCACAUGUCACCACCAGCUUGCUGUAUUAUCUCAGGAACAUUAUGAGAAAUCAAGCCUUAGCAGCAGUAGCAGUGGAGCAGCCAGUUUGAAAAGCGAAUUUUCUGAAAAUACAGAUCUUUUGACUGAAAACUCGCAUCUAACGUCUGGAAAAGAUGAAGAGAAAACUUGCGAUUUAACCUUGUCGGAUGAUAACUGCACUUUAGAAAACUCAGAAAAAGAUGUCUUCUCAGAAUUAGAUGAUGAACUGGACGUAUCAGAUAAUUCCAGCAAUUCUAGUUCAAGUCCUCUUAAAGAAUCAGCAUUUGGUAUUAUAAAACGAAGCUUCAGCGCUUCUGAAAGACAGACUAACACAAGAGAUUAUAUUGGACUGCCAGGAUCCAGACCAAGACCAGCUUUGCUACCCUUUGAUCUGCUUCUGAAAGCUCCUUCGCUCAUGUUCAGGGCCCACGUUCAGAAAAUAGAGGACUCGUUAGUAACAGGGUGGAAGUCCCAUAGCCUACCAGCUGUGAUUCUCCGCAAUCUGAAAGAUCAUGCAUCUGCAGGCAUUGCUGUGUCACAACGGAAGGUGCGUCAGAUCAGCGAUCCCAUUCAACAGAUUCUAAUUCAGCUGCAUAAGAUUAUCUACAUCACUCAGCUUCCACCAACUUUACACUGCAACUUGAAAAGAAGAGUCAUUGAGAGAUUCAAGAAAUCCCUCUUCAGCCAGCAGAGUAACCCGUGUAACUUGAAGUCUGAAAUUAAAAAGCUUCUCCAAGGUUCCCCAGAGCUGAUUGAGCCUAACUUUUUGACAGCAGAUUGCCAGUUGUUAUUGCACUCUUCAGGGGGGAGUACUUUGGUCCUCGACGACAGACCAGGUCUUCCUAGCACUUUUGACGUGGAUGAAGGAGUGACAUAUGAACAAAUGCAGACUGUGAUCGAGGAGGUUCUAGAGGAAUGUGGAUAUUACAAUUUUACCUCAAAUAGGUAUCAAUACUAUCCAUGGGGAACAAGGACUCAUCCGGCCAGAAGAUGAGUGCCUGGAAUUCGGACGAGAUUGGCAUGUUUUCUAAUAAGGUCUAAGUGCCUUGACUUCAGCUGUGGUCUUUUGCCAAAGGAAUGCACUUUGCUUAAACACAAGAAAAGGGGGAAGGAAAUCAGAUGUAGGGAUAGUUUGCAAAGAGUCAUCCAGGCAGUAGAACUUUGGAGCACAACUUUUUCAGUAGAUGUUUGCAGUCCUU